AUGGUACCCGGUCGUACCUUGCUCUCCGUCCUUGCGCUGGCCACGGCCGCUUUCGCCUCCCCGAUCGUGAUCGACGAGUCCCAUGUCAAGGUCACCCUCGCUCGCCACAACAUCCAGCAGAAAAGCGGCUACAACGUGCUUGAGCACGAUCGUGCCCGUCUCGCUACCUUUAAGGCUAAGGGUGCUGCCAAGGCUUCCGUCGCCGAGAGGGCUGCGUCUGCUGCUGCAACCAACUCUGUGACCUACUACAGCCUUGCCGUCGGCGUCGGCAGCCCUGCCACCACUUACGACCUCAUCGUCGACACCGGCUCCUCCAACACCUGGGUUGGUGCCAGCACGCAGUACAAGGCCACGAGGACGAGCACGGACACCCGUGACAAGGUCGCCGUCUCGUACGGUUCUGGCUCGAUGAGCGGCACAGAGUACACCGACACCGUGACGCUGGGAACGGGCCUCACCAUCACCAAGCAGAGCAUUGGUGUCGCUUCGAAGACAUCUGGCUUCGAGGGCGUUGAUGGGAUCGUUGGGAUCGGGCCUACCGACCUGACCGAGGACACAGUCAGCGGCGUGACUGAGGUCCCGACCGUGACGGACAACCUGUACACUCAGGGCACUAUCUCCGAGAAGGUUGUCGGGAUCUACUUCCAACCCCCCCAGGGCACUUCUGAGGCGCAGAUAAACGGUGAGCUUACCUUCGGCGGGGUUGACACGACCAAGACGACUUCUGCCAUCACCUACACCCCUCUCACCACCACUGAGCCUGCCUCGUACUACUGGGGUAUCAAUCAGUCCAUCACGAUGGGCGGCACGACGAUCAUGGCCACCACCGCUGGUAUCGUCGACACUGGCACGACCCUCCUCUACCUUCCCGAGGGUACAUACAACAGCUACGUCUCCGCUACCGGCGCGACUUUGGAUGAGAACACGGGCCUGUUGACGGUGGCUUCGGAGAGCGACCUGCAGAGCUUAUACUUCACCAUCGGAGGUACCGAAUACGAACUCACUGCGAACGCCCAGAUCUGGCCCAGGGACCUGAACACACUCAUCGGUGGCACAGCCAACAAGAUCUACCUUGUUGUCGCCUCCACGGGGGAGGCCGCAGGUUCAGGCCUUGACUUCAUCAACGGAUACGUCUUCCUCGAGAGGUUCUACUCCGUGUUCGACAGCACGAACAAUCAGGUUGGGUUCGCUACCACCUCCUACACGGAUGCGACCAGCAACUGA